AUGCGCUCAUUUGAGGGUGGAGACAGGGUAAGGGCGCUCCUGGCAAGGAAGACAGGGUCGGCGAGCCCGACGGGAGAGAACCGAUGCGUGGACGCGGCCGAGGCGUGCACGGCGGACGCGCGGUGCCAGCGGCUGCGCACGGAGUAUGUGGCGCAGUGCCUGGGUCGGGCCGCGCCGGGGGGCUGCCCUCGCGCCCGCUGCCGCCGCGCCCUGCGCCGCUUCUUCGCCCGCGCGCCGCCCGCGCUCACCCACGCGCUGCUCUUCUGCCCGUGCUCCGGCCCCGCGUGCGCCGAGCGCCGGCGCCAGACCUUCGUGCCCGCCUGCGCCUUCCGGGGGUCCGGCCCAGCGCCGCCCUCCUGCCUCCAGCCCUUAGACGCCUGUGAGCGCAGCCGCGUCUGCAGGCCCCGCCUCCUGGCGUUCCAGGCCUCCUGCGCGCCCGCCCCCGGCGUCCCCGACGGCUGCCCGCGGGAACACGGCCCCCGCUGCCUGCGCGCCUACGCGGGCCUCGUGGGCACUGCGGUCACCCCGAACUACGUGGACAACACGAGCGCGCGCGUGGCGCCCUGGUGCGACUGCGGAGCCAGCGGAAACCGGCGUGAGGAGUGUGAAGCCUUCCGGGGGCUGUUUACAAGGAACAGCUGCUUGGAUGGUGCUAUACAGGCCUUUGACAGCGGGUGGCCCCCAGUCCUGCAGGACCAGCUGGAGCCCCAGCCAGUCCCAGAGCACAGCCUUCUGCAGGUGUCUUCCACAAAUGGGUCCCGGGAGGGGAGCUCCCUGCUCUCCAUCCUCCCCGUCCUGGCCUUCCAGGCCCUGCUCUGACCAGGAUGGCAGACCUCGGACAACACUGCCAACUGCCGCACUCUGCCUGGGGUACAGGGCCACAUCUGUGGCCUGCCACCCCACUGAAAAGGGACUGGCUUCCCUCCCAAGCUGGCCUCCGUGCUCUCACCCUGCUGGCCUUUGUAGGUCUGGACACCCUGUGUACCUGUCCCCUGGAUGUAGGCUGGGGGCCUGGCUGCAAAGCCCUGGCCUGCCUGUCAGUAGGCAUCUUGGUGGUAGGUCCCUUUCUGCACAGACCUUGAGACAAUUGGGGUCUCUCACAGGGUAGGGGCAGGAAAGGGUCACUUUUGUAGCUGAGGCCUCCCCAGGGCUCCAGAUCUCCUCGAGAAGGUCAGGACCAUCCAGACUCCCAGAAUUCUAGUUGUCUCAGACUCCUAAGCAGAUAACACCCUGAGGAAUUCAUCUGACAGACUCGUAGGCAAGACUCCCCGCAGCGCUGCAGCCUCCCAGGGCACCCUCCCCGCCAGGCAUUACCCACCACCGAGCCACCUGCACCCCGUGGCUAAUGUUGGUCGAGUGCUUCCCGUCUGCCCCUGCAUGGCAUCGGCCCUGUGGCCAUCUUCCCUUGUUUACCGCAGCAAUAGGAGUGGCAUAUGGUGCACAAUAAACCCAUGUGCCCAGACUGACCUUGCUUUCUUGUGACCUGUGUCUUGGGAGCGUGGAGACCAGGAUCUGCUACAGGGGGUGCCCCUGCUGGCCUGUGUGACCUUGGAUGGCCUCAGAACCUCUCUGAGCUCCUUCUGCUAUCUCCUCACCCACAGACGCUGAAAUGAAUCAACUCUCAGGCCCUAGUGGCAGGGAUUUGCAUUUUUUUUGUCUAUUCUUUUUCCUUCUCUGCUAGUACUCAGAUAACGAAACUACAUUUCCCAGCCUCGCUUGCAGCUGGGGUUGCCACGUGACACACACUGGCCAGUGUGGACCCAGCGAAUGCCAAGGGCAUUGUUAAGUUUGGGGAGGAGAGGGCAGAACAAUGGGGUCAGGUACUAAGCCUUCUGCCUGUUUCCUUCUUCCUCAAAAGCUUGGAGACUCCUGAUGAGUGAGGGUUCCUGGAGCUACUGUGUCCCUGGGCUGCUCCUUCUCAACUUACUAAGGUUUGGCAGGAGCCACAAAGUAGGUUGAAGUAGAAGCUGUAGGCAUCUUGCUCAGGGACCUCUCCGGGCCAGUGCAGCUCAUCCACCAGCCACUGGGAACAGUGGUUGCUAACCCAGCUCCAGCUGCCCCCUUCUCUAUAAAAUUGUCCUUCCAGAAAUACCUUAUAGGCUACACUCUGCUCCUAGAGGUGGCUGCAGCCAAUGACUGAUGCAGGGGCACAAAGGGCUGGCCUGCCUGCCUCAAGAGGGGAUGAUUCUAUGCCAUUAGUGCUCCAGAGCUCCCGUGGGAUCAGGCUGAGGCCAGACUCCUGCCCCUGCCUCAUCCUGCUUCCCUGGCUCACAGGUUCCAUCAUGGCAUGCGAAUUCCUGUCUUGGGCUUGGCUUCUGGAGAUCCUGGCCCAAGACACAGGGGUUAGGUACAGAUCACACCAAAACUCAGGCCUGGGGCUGUCCUGACCAGAAAAAGAGCCACCAGCUCAGACAGUGUGUGUACGUAGCAACUUGUACCAAACCCACAGACACUGCUUGUUAGCAGGUGUCAACCAGCCUCCCAGUUUGCUCCCAGCUUGUAACAAAACAGAUCAGACUGGCUUGAGCAUGUGUCUGAGCAAUCUGGGCUUCAGGCACAGCUGUCUCCAGGGGUUCGAAUGAUAUUGGCCCUGCUGGUCUGUGCAUGGCUUCCCUCAGCUGCGAGAGGGUAAGACUGCCACCAUCAGCCUCCGGUUUACAAUCUCUCCCUUUAGCAGUCUCGGUAGGGAAAGGCAUCUCUCUUUCCCAGCAUUCCUGACUCUCCAGGCAGGCCCCUGAUGGGCCCAGCAUGGGUUAUAUGCCUCUUCCUGUGGCCCGGGGAGUAAUGUCAGCCCACCAGGGUCACAUGAAAUGGGAAGGACAGUUUUCCAAAGAAAAAGAAGGUGUUGGGCAGAGUGAAACUCAGUCAAACCCACCCUCGCUUUAUGAAGAAGGGGAAUCCUCCCCACCUGUGGGGGAACCGACACCUGCGAGUGGGUGGAGGAGGGACCGGGUGUAUGGUGUGUGCCCUGCUCACCACGACUGUAGGGUAGCCCAAACACAGAAUCAAAUGUCUGCUAAAUGACUUGCCUCCUAUGGAAGUGUGUUAAACUAUUUGUCAUUUUUUUUACUAAAAAAUUUUUUUCUUUGUAUCCUAAUUAUUCCACAUCUAUUUGCCAUUUUUGACUCAGUUAAUUAGAGUCAAAUAUUGGCCUUAAAAAAGUGGAAAUGACUUCGAAUAAAAAUAGAAUUCUGGAUAAAAAAUAUAGGCAUGUACCUUCUAAAAGAUUGGGAAGAUAAAGAGAACAAAGUUUAUUUUAAAAUUGUAAAAUUGCUUCAUGGCUGCUGGUGGUCCCAAAGAUAUGUCCACCUCCCAAUCCCUGGAAGCUGUAAAUAUCACCUUAUAUGUAGGCAAAAGAGUAACAGCUUCUAUGGCAAAGGUGUGGUUAGGUUAUGGAUCUCGAGAGGAGAAGCUUAUCUGGUCCUAAAUGCAAUCACAUGUAUCCUUAUGAGAGCCAGGCGGAGAUGUCUAGAGAGAGACUAAACUCACACACACAGGGAAAGGUGACGCAAAGGCCAGAGGCAGAGAUUGGAUAGUGCAGCCGCAAGCCAAGGGAUGUCAUCAGCCACCCGAAGGAAAAGGAGGCAAGGCACAGAUUCUUCCCUGGAGCUGCCGACACCUCGAUUCCAGACUUCCGAUCUCUAUAACCAUGAGAAUAAAUUUCUGUUGUUUUAAGCCA